AUGACAGAAGUUGCUCCCGCCACCGCCAUGCCGGGCAAAGUGCCCAAAAAGAAAGCAGCUUCAAGGACCAAGAAAUCAGGCCCGAGCAUUGGCGAGCUCCUCAUCAAAGCAGUUUCUUCGUCCAAGGAGAGGAACAGCAUGUCCCUCUCUGCCUUAAAGAAAACUUUGCAGGCCACCAGAUACGAUGUGGAGAAGAACAACCACCAUGUCAAAAUUGCCAUCAGGAACCUUUUGGCAAAAGGCAUCCUGGUGCAGACCAGAGGGACCAGUGCAUCUGGCUCUUUCAAGCUGAACAGGAAGCUGACCAAAGGCCAGAAGCCCACCAAGGAAGCCACCAAAAAACCCACCGUGGCUAAGAAGCCCAAGAAGGUCGUGGCCAAGAAACCCACUGUCACCACCAAGAAGUCUCCUAAGAUGGCAAAGAAGCCCCCUGCCGCCACCAAGAAAGCCACCAAGAGCCCGAAGGCAAAAAAUCUACCAACCCCCCCAAAAGCUGCCAAGAUCUCAAAAAAGACAAAAAUUGAUAAGCCCAAUACCACAAAGCCCAAAACAGCCAAGGCGAAAAAGGCAGCCCCCAAAAAGAAGUAA